GAAUUCUUGUUCAACAUCRCAAUGACGCAACYAAAAGCAUAUGCUCUUCCCCAACCAGUUAUGGAAACAGCCGUUACGCCGGGCAAGUAACUUCAGAGUGCCAAAAGGCUUCCAAUUUGGAAAGCUGCCCYGGUGCUUUUCGUUGUUUCGAAACGGUGAGCGUCGAGAUCAACUGCGAAACCCUCUUGUCACAAAUGAUGAACGAGGCCAGCAAGGUAGUCACUAUGGCCGUCGAACUCACGAAUCUCGCCUGGAAGAACRACACGCAAAAGCAGSAAGAAUUUAGCAACCUCUACGACGAUAACGCCAUGAACCAACACGACGACUUCAGAAACACCGCCAAUCUCAUCGUUCCCGAYGAUACGGACGAGGACUGCAACUCCACAGGCGCGGUUCAAGAUGCYCCCCAAGCGYGUACCGGAAAACGAAGCUUUUGCGAACUUCGCAACGAUGCCCAUCCAGCACCGCCCGUCGAUCGUUUGCGCAGUGCGGACGAACAGGAAGGCACGAGCAGCCGCUUGUCGAAGCAGGUCUCGGAGAUCUCGUUUCGCCCCCCCGCAAUCGUGGAGGUGUGCCACGAAGAACAGCAGCAGCAGCAAGAACACUCUUCCAAGCAGGGCGUGCUCUCGCCACUCCGGGACGAAAUCCCAUCGCCACCGCCGGUGGUGGCUGUUGCCGGCGUUCUAGGGACCACCGUCACCAUCACGGCAAACGACGGUCACAGCAAUGCUGCCCACGCCACUGCCGCCAUUACAAACCUCGAAAUGGUAGACCAGGACCUGAACAAGGUGGUAAGCGUGGACCCCAGCUUUGAAUCGGCGUCCGCGGCCUCGGAGGAGCGGCGGCGAUCACUCAAGGAACGCAAGGGCGACGACUACAGCCGGAUGGCAGCCGAGCGAGCAAGCUCCAUUGUUGACUUUGCUCUCGCUGGRGACAUGAGUCCGGCGUGCUUUUCCUCAAACUACAAGCGGCUUCGCACCGAGUAGCUUUCCGACGGGAAUGGAAUGACAAGCCUCGCUCCACCAGACCAAAACCGUAARUCGUUCGUCGCCUUGUCGGGGGAUGCGUCUCCKACACCGAACAGCUGUUAUGGCCCAUUAGGUGUCACACGAAACGAACGACUAYUUUUAUCUACACAAACCAUUAUACUACCUUUUUAUUGGAAGCACUGCUUGUUCCGACCGGUCGGGACCAACGAUGGAGGAAGCCGACCAAAACCAAAUCAAACCAUGCGAGAUCAGCGGAACAURUUUUGCUUUCAAGAAACAAUAACCGGAUACGAUGCGCGUAGUCCAUCAUUUACAAGGAUCUUACGAAACAAGCAGCGUGCGUUAAAGAUUGAUGGAAUCUAUCGAAGCAUUCAUUCCGACCCGGCAAGUGACUGUAUCCACUGCACCAUCUUCUUAAGUUGGUACACAAGAAGAAACACCGGAAGUACUGUCAAGAACAACACCAUACUCACAGCAACGAUACUACAGACUGACACCGAYGCACUCGGACACACAGACACGACACACACAAAAAACAGCCUACCGUUCACCGUACAUUAUCAACCUCCAUUGUUUCCUUUAGCACACCACUUUCGGACCGAAUUACUGCUGGCUGAUGUUGUGCGUCGUGGGUGCCGUCGGUGUCGUUCCGGGAUUUUCUUCUCUGCUGUAAAUCUUCUAAAGAGAGAGAGAGAGAUAUCGGGCCCAGAUCCAUUCUCUUUUUCACGAGUGUUCCUUCGCCACAGGCUCCCUUCCUCCAUCAAGAGUUCGGCURCACAUACGCACAUGUACACACAUACACCAUAGAUAGACCAAAUAUUCCGCCACUCGGGCAAACCACUGUGCAAGCGCUCUCUCUUGAACGAAGGAACCAACKAAUCACUCAGAAKCAACCAUCGCAUAGCACCAUACGAAACGAAAUAGCAUGAAAACCCAAGACCGCACCGAAGAAACCCUACACCGGAUCGAUCGAUCGCAUGGAUCUCGAUSCGAUURAUUCGGUGCGGCAGUUUUUGCUUUGCCCAWCACUGUAUAUAAACAAAGAACACAAACACCAGUUCAUAAUCCUUCACGGCARACAAAUAAACGACGACAUUUUUACGCGAAACAAUCCAUCAACCUGUACCUCCUCAGUAAUAGAAUACAAUGUCAUAAUAASCAAAACCAUUACAGCAGGGGAUAGAUUUAUUUUGAAUACCAGCAGUUGUAAGUCUCGUCGUUCUAGAACACCCUGGUCACAUMUUCGAGCCCUUACAAUGCAGAUAACCAGGCUCCGACAUUAUCGUUGUUAUCAUGAGGUUACUCAGUGUUUUAUAGUGYCAUUUCUUGAGACAGGAWUUAUCUUUACACCAUUAGUCGAUAGUCUCGUUUUUUACAACACAACGGUCUCGUCACGYUCUUUUGAACAUAUGCCAAAAGGGGCUAAACAGAUUUCCAGAAAAAAAGGUUCCAAGAGUACCAUMGCURCUAACUUCACUUGGUGUGUUGCCUACCAACCACACCACUACCCUUUCUAGACAUCACAUUCCAAACCCUUCGAGACCAUGUUCGCUGCGACUCUUCCGAACAACUCAUCCAGAAUGUUAUGCCAAUCAGUCGACACUCGACCGCGCAAACGCUGCAUCGAACGCAAUGGCCUUAKUGUAACUAAAAGACAUGGGUCGGAUUCGAUAGAAGAACCAAAAUCCACAAUAUACAACCAUCAAAUGAGUUUAUAAAUUUCASCAUUCGCU